CUGGAUACUAUAGCAGUGCACGCGCGCGCGUCUGUGAGGUGUGAUCAAUCAUGCAAGUGACUGUGAGUGUGAGUCAGAUAUCGCUGGUUCUUUGUCUUCUAUCAUGCUGCUCUUCAUCAUUCAGUGCUCGAUAUACACCAGACUGGACCAGUCUCGACUCCAGACCUCUGCCUGAAUGGUACGACGAGGUGAAGAUCGGGAUCUUUGUUCAUUGGGGAGUAUUUUCAGUGCCCGCGUUCGGCAGCGAAUGGUUCUGGUGGUACUGGAGAGGCGAACACAUAUCUGAUUAUGUCCAGUUCAUGAUUAAAAACUACCCACCUGGAUUCAGCUACACGGACUUCGCUCCUGAUUUCCACGCGCAGUUUUUUGACCCUGAUGAGUGGGCUGAUAUCUUCGAAGCUUCAGGAGCAAAAUAUGUGGUCCUCACAUCGAAACAUCACGAAGGCUUCACAAAUUGGGGCUCCCCAUAUUCCUGGAACUGGAAUUCUGUUGAUAACGGACCUCACAGGGAUCUUGUUGGAGAUUUGGGCAAUGCAAUAAGAAAGAGGUCUCUGCAUUAUGGACUCUACAACUCUCUGUAUGAAUGGUUCAAUCCCAUCUAUCUGAGUGACAAGAAAGCUGGUUUCAAGACUCAGGAUUAUGUUGCAAAAAAAGCAAUGCCAGAACUCAUCAAACUGGUCAACAGGUACAAGCCAGACCUGAUUUGGUCAGAUGGGGACUGGGAAGCACCUGACACUUAUUGGAACUCUACAGAAUUCCUUGCCUGGCUCUACAACGACAGUCCGGUCAAAGAUGUGGUGGUGACCAAUGACAGAUGGGGGAAUGGCUGUUACUGUAAACAUGGAGGUUAUUUCAACUGUGCUGACAAGUUCAAUCCUGGACAGCUGCCCAAUCACAAGUGGGAGAAAUGUCAGUCAGUGGACACAAAAUCAUGGGGUUAUCGCAGAAAUAUGAAACUAACCGAACUGAUGGAUCUACCAUCCAUCAUAAAGGACCUGGUCUACGUCGUGGCUUUAGGGGGGAAUUACCUGUUGAAUGUGGGACCCACCGCAGACGGCGUGAUCGCACCUGUCUUUGAGGAGCGUCUCAGAGGAAUUGGAGCCUGGCUGAAGAUCAACGGUGAAGCCAUCUAUGCAACUAAACCUUGGAGAGUUCAGGCUGAGAAUGCUACAGUUGUUACCUGGUAUACUUCAAAAAACACCAGCACUGUGUAUGCGAUCUUCACCUCCAAUCCCAUGCAAAACACCUUUCAGCUUUCUAUGCCCAAAACCUUCAACAGCACAGUGGUGACUUUGUUGGGGAACCCUGAGCCUUUGAAUUGGGCUCCUCUGAACACAACAGGACUGUCAAUUCUCCUGCCUGAUCUGCCUUUCUCAAACGCUGAAGCCUGGACACUCAAGCUGGACGGGGUGGCCUAACCUAAAGCCUUUAAAACUUUUAAAAUCGCCAUGAAAUAAUUUUUUUUUCAAUUUGUGUUAUAUGCAAUAUUGUAGUGCUAAUUAUAAAUAAUUUAUCUGUGCACUUUAUUAAUUAAAAAAAAAAUCAGUUAGACUGGUUUGAGCCAGAAAUGGAGAGGAGGAGCGCUAAAGUGAAACCCUGCCCUAAUCAAUAUUCUGUUUUACUUAUAAAUACGUCACAACACUCGAGAAAAUUUAUUUGUAAAUCCUGGUUCACGGGGACUUUAAAAACGAUUUUAAUGACAUUUGUCUUAAGAGUUUUGUAUAAAUUUAAAAUAAAAAUACAAAAUACUGUGUGGAAAACUAUUUAAAUACAAAAUACUGUGAAAAAAUUUAUUUAAAUACAAAUAUUCUAUUUUGUAUUUUGAAAAUACACAAAAUACAUGUGAAAUUGGCCAUCCAGUGUAGGUAUAAUAAGUCACAAUGAGGAACUACAUAGGCCUUUUGCUGGCAAUUACAAAUAAACUUGUGCAAAAUAGCA